AUGGCAUCGAUGUAUCGGCAUAUAGAAUCUUAUAAACAACAAGAGGAACGUUGGCCCGAUAAAGGUCGGCAUAUCAUAGCCAACUGGUCCGAUGAAACAGUGUUAGUCUAUCAAGCAUUUAGUCCAUCAAUUGCUGAUUACGCCAUACAAAAUCAAAAAUUAGGAGGCCCCGAUUUUUCAACCACACGAAUGACAUGGAUAAAACCAAAUUUCACUUGGAUGAUGCAUCGAUCAAAAUGGGCAACAAAAGUUAACCAGGAACGUAUCCUCGGAAUUCAUAUAACACAUUCAGGUUUUCUCGAAAUUCUAAGGGCGGCAGUUUCGUCAACAUAUAAUCAGUGUUUUGGACACUAUGAGAACCAGGAAGAAUGGAAACGAGAUGUUGAACAAUCAGAUGUUAUUUUUCAGUGGGAUCCUGAUUAUAAUUUGGAUGACGUGAAAUUACAAAGACGAGCCAUUCAAUUGGGAAUCCGUGGUAAAAUGUUAAAUCAAUUUUUGGAAGAUUUUGUUGUGAGAAUCGAGGAUAUGACACCAUUCGUCAGAGAGACCUUUCAGGAAAAAUUGAGAAUUGAUGAUGAAGGAGGUGAUACUGGUGAUCUUUGCAUUAUCGCCGAAAGACUUUAUUCUCCAUUGCCUGAUGAUGUGAAGUCUCGCUUGGGUGUAUCGUAG